CUGGAUAGAAAAACACAUAAUGGAGCACUAUCAGUCAUGGACUGGCCUCCCCAGAGUCCAAACCUAAACGUUAUUGAAACAGUGUGGGAUCAUCGUGACAGUGAACAGAACAAAAAAGUAGAAACAUCCAUAAAAGUGAUCUGAAUGUCAUUCAAGAAACCUGGAGAACUAUUCCUGAAGGCUACUAAAGAAAUGAUAAGAAAGCUAGACGCAAGAAAGAAUAAAGAUGGCCAUACCAAAUAUUGGCUUUUAAGCUUUUAACAACCUCAGUUUUAGGGAACUUUUGAGAUGCAUACCUCAUGAGUAAAACUUCUUUCUGAAUGUUCUGGAUUAGACAGCGAGCUUGAAGCAAAUUUUCAUCAAAACAAGCCAUCCUCCAAGCUGGACACAUAGCACUGUGCAGCACAUAGACUGUACACAAAAAACAGAUAAAUAAUUACCCAGUGUACGGUUCGCAUAAUCAGUUGACACAGCUCUGGUCUUACACUGAGGAGAGGCUGCUUCAGAAGUCACUUUAGAUGCACUGGUUGAAAAGUGAAUGUUCGCCGAGAUUGUAAAAGAAAAAGCACUCCCAGGAUUUCAAAACAUCACAUCUCAUAGGUCCUCGUGGAAUUUGAUGUGACAUUUUAAAUUAUACAGUCACCAAUAAUUGCCUCACUCGUAUGCAAUCAUUAAGGACUUGCUAAGCCCUGAACUGUUGUCAUGUUUCAUUUCUAAUUAAUGACAAUUAGCAGACAUUUAUCUCGGCACUGCCUCGCUGUGCUGCUUUGGGUUUCUGUUACUAGUGACCAAACCCGGCGGGGGCCUGGAUUGGUAUCCUGCGAGCACGAUGAGUUGCGGUCAGUGGCAUCGUUGGUGGUAUCUGAUGUUAGAGCGAGGUCGUCAGCCGCACGGUGCCGCAGUUAAUAAAAAAUGAAUGGAGGGAGAAGGGGGAGGAGUCAUCAGCUGUUGCUUGAGCUCGAACUCUCGCCUCUCUGGCGGCUGCUCUGCUGCUCCCACUGGGCACCCAGUUUAAACAAUCCUGAAUCCCACUGCUGCCAGACGCUGCCAGGUUUUAUGUAAUACAGCCCAACAGCUGUGGGAGUUUUCAUGCCAUACUAUCAAAACGCACACACGAAAAAGGACGAUAUUAAAGAACAAAGUCUAUAACUGGAAACGUACAAGAAAAGCACUGGAUCUUCCCAGUUUCCAGUAGUUAUCUGUUAUGAGCCGGCUUUCACUGGAAUGAUUAAAAACACACGCUGAACCUUCACAUGUGUGUUGAUAUAGAGGAUCAGCAGACACAGUGAAGGCUUUCUUGUUUUGCCACGGUCGAGCACUGGCCCUUUAAGUCUGGCUACGCCUGACUUGAACAUAUGGGAAGCUAAUCUUAGCCCGAGCCCUGAGAGAGAGACAAGGCUGGCAACCAGCCACCGUGCAGGGGCUGAGGCAGGUUUCUGUUGCUUUAUGUCUUUCUCGCUCUCGAGUUUUAAAAAUUAAUAUUGCAACCCAAAAGUCAUUACACAGCCUCUCAGUCAGGGUGUUUCACCUGUCAGAAAACACUCUGCCCAUCUUUACUGCUGCGUUCUGUUAAUGAUUACAUCACUGUCCAAACAAAUCUGACCACUCAGCUCUUUUUCAACACUUGGCACACAAAAGGCGAGCAGGUAGCGGAACGCAGUGUUCUUUCACAGGUCGAAACCAUUCUGAACUCACUUGUUUUUCAUUCAUUUGCCUUCACCCUGUUUGUCUCAGGUCCAAAAACUUUCUGAUAACACAUUCUGUUCUGCUCAUUGAUCCUGCUGUUGUUCAAAUCCUGAAGCACAAAGAGCUGUCUCUUAAAAACAGCCCCCCCUUCCCCUUCCUCUUCUUUUUGUGGCUCCACCCUGCUUAACAGCCCUCACCCGGCACCACCUUUCCAAUUUUUUUCUCUCCUCCUUCGCAAGCCACUCCUCCAUUUCUCUUUGUGAGGAAUAGCGAGGGGUGGGGUUUGACGGGGGAUAGGCGGGUAGGCCUUCCCCCAGCUGGGCAAUUCGUGCUGACUUGCACGUGCCAAAUGUCAGGAGGUAUGACUCAGACUUGAUAUACACUACGCUGUGGUGCAAUCCACACCUAAACAUACCCUGAACUUAACACCGUCCUGGCUGAGUGGGGGUUUGGCACGAGUGUGUUUGGACACCAAGCUGAAACAAAGAGAGAAAAACAGCCAAACAGACAGGUGCACAGAUGAAAUUAGGUGAUGCCUGAAAAUGAACAAUAGGUAAAGAGUCUUGUUGCUCAAGUUACAGUUACAGAUGCAGUUACACAUACUCAAACAGGCAGUUUUCUCAUUACUGUUUUUAUGUGUUUUUCAGAAAACCAGUUAUGACUAAAACUAAACCCACACACUCACGCGCGCACACACACACACACACACACACACACACACACACACACACACAUUUUGUAGAUUGUAUUGUAAAAAAUGACUAAAGUACACGGAAAAUAAUAUAGUGUUUUGAAUCAUAAGAGAAGUAUUAGAAUAUACAUACAGGACUUAUUAUGUAAAUAAAAGUUCAUAUAAAUUCUCCAUAUGUUGCUGUAUUUGUUCUCUGUCUCUAGAUAGAAAGGAUACAAAACACAUUUAAAAGUCUCCCCUCCAAAAUAUGUUAUGAUUACGACCUUGGUGCUAAAUAUAAUGUGCCCUAUGGUCUCUGGCCCCUCCCCACCAAUAAACCCAGUGACCCUCAGUGGACUGUGUGCAUACUAGUGUGUACUCUGUGUGUGUGUGUGUGUGUGUGUGUGUGUGUGUGUGUGUGUGUGUGUGGAGAGAGUGGAGAGAGCUCAUUAAAGCAUGCCUCUGCAUUUGUUGACAGUGUGUGUGCAUGCACUGGAGCGUCUGCGUGCAUGUGAGCAGUUUGGAGGGGGGUCGGUGAGUGAAAGAUAAAGAGAUGUGGAGCAAAAAAAAAAAGAGAAAGGGAAGGAGGGGGUGCACACAGUGUGUCAGAUCCGAUGACCUUGAUGCCAUUAGAAUGCAGGACAAUGUGUGCUGGGGAUGGGGGCGCACAGAGGUGGAUGGAGGAAAUGGAAUCAGCUGACAGGAAGUGAUGUUAGGAGAAGCAAAGGACCCUUGUGUCAUGCUCCUGUGAGUUUGGUCACUGCUGGAAACAAAUGUUUUUUUAAAGCACGUCUAACAGUGAAAUUGCAAGAAUUCAACUCGUGGACUGCCUGAAAAGCAAACAUUUUGUUCUCUGUCAGUAUGCUUCAUUCACGUACACCUCCCAGUAGCGAUGUGCUGGUAAAAAAAAAGUAAAUUAAAAAGCUCGUUUCACUGUUUGAGGGUUCUGUGUCAUGACUUCGUUGAAAAGAAGAGGAUGACUCAAGCUUUACUCAUAAGCGAGCACACACACUGCUGAGGAUGGACUUUUGUUGUCAGUCAUCCCUCCUACAACCUAGACCUUUCCUCCGUGCUGCUGAGAAAAAGAGCGAGAGCCUGAGAAUUGAGAGGGAGAGAGAGAGAGAGAGAUGAGGGCGUGCAGUAACUCAUCUUGGAUGAUAAAUGUGACUACAUUGUGAAAUGAAGUGAUCGAUGAGGAGUCUUUGUUACCUCUCCCGUGUGUCUCUCAAUGCCGAAUUACAGGUUUACCACUGUUCACAAAGUUACUUCAGUGGAUGGCCCCAGAAGUGGAGGCCAGAUGGAAAUUGGGUCACAUGACGGCCUCCAGGAAGGCGCGCUGAGCCUGGAACUGGCCAAUGGGGUGAAUCAGUACCCUAAUGAUGGUGAGCCAUCUAUAGAAACAGAGCAGCAGUGUGCAGAAAGCGUGCUGCCAAGGCAGUGCUGGGUGCCUGGACAUGGCAAGGUCAGCGACACCCAACAACAACAAACGUGUGGCGCAACCCCUGCUGAACCUGCACACCAUGCAGACAUGGAGGAUGCUCACAAUCUGGUGGCUUUUUCUGCUAUUGCUGGCUCACUGCCUCAUUCUUCCUCCUCUUCCUGCCACCUCUUGCAGGCUACUACAGCCUAUUUGUAUGAGAAGUUUACCCAGGAAACAGGCGCUGGGAAGGCUCAAGCUAGAAUCUCUGCAGGGGCUCCUGAGGGUAGCUGCCCACCUUCAGAAGACCUGGACACCUUACAGAAAGCACUGAGCCAAGCAAAACAUGGACACAAGCCUCCCAAUUGCGACUGUGAUGGGCCCGACUGUCCAGACUACCUUGAAUGGCUGGAAAAGAAGAUAAAGUUAGCAACCAAUGAGGAUCAAGGCUCCCGCAAGCUGGUUGAUACUCCUUCACAUUUACAACCUCACAUAGAGCAACCCCAUUUGCUGCAUCACUCUCAGACCUACCAACAAGUAAAUGGUGGCCACCAUCUGUCUACUUCAUGCACCCAGCAGCAACAGGAAACCCAAGGCCCUCACCCAGAUCAAGUGCCCUGCUCCAAACCACCAAUUCCUUGCUCUCCCCAGGUGCUCUCCAUAGCCAAGGAAAAGAACAUCAGUCUCCAGACAGCCAUCGCCAUAGAUGCUCUGACACAGUUAUCUGGUACUAGUCCACAAACUGCCUCUUCACCAGGUCAAACCCCCUACACAAAUAACCUCCAUCACCAUCAACAUAACCAAAACACCACAUCUCAGCCUCUUAAUGGCAUUGGCAUGAUCCCAUCCUCUUCUGGCACCUACUCAUCUUCCUCACGCUCUCAGUCUGUCCCCCCAGGACUACACACUAGCCAGCAGGCCCUAGAGUCAUGUGAGCACCACAGACCCCAAUCCCAGGGCCAUCCGCCCCAUGUUACCCCUAUCCAGUCCUCUACCUCUCCCUUCCCGAGUCAGGGAAAACCACCAGGCUUCAACCCUAAUCCCCAGCAGUGGCAGCAACCCUCGGGCAGAGGAUCUGAACACAGAAAUCCAUGGAUGUGUGUGAAGUCUGAGCCUCACCUUGCCACGGCACCUCAUAGUAGCUCAGACCCCAUGUCAGAGCUCAAACAGCUGCUUGGUGACACCAGUAGCAAGUUUAGCAAUGGUCCUUUUAAGCUUCCAGCUUCGCAACAACUUAGCUUGAACCAGAAUGGGACUCUCCAGGCCCAGGAUAACCCAGCAUUGGUCAGGAUAAAACAAGAAUCAGACUCUGCUGACCACUAUCAUCACCCUGCCUCCAUGGGACAUUAUGGUUUUGCUAAUGGUCAGCACCAGGGUCAGCACUACCCUGGCACUCCCCUCUCUCCUGGCCAAGCAGCCAUUAGCCACUCCACUCAGGCAGCUCUACAACAGCACCUUCACUACAAGAGGAAUCUUUUCUCAAACCACCCCUCUGGCUUUGGAGGCGUUGGCCCACGUGGGCCUCUGGCUUGCCAAAAUCUGAAAAAAUGGUGGCCACAGAUGGAUGCAGAGGCCCUGUCACAUCUGGCCAUCAAACAGGAACCCAAGAGGAAAAAAAUCAGCCAAGGAUCUCCUGGUUUUAAAGCUAUGACUGAGACGCUUUUGGGUCCUCCCCUCCCCAAACCCAAACAGAUAAUCAUCAAGAAGCCCAAACAGAAAGCCUCCAUGCCAACCUUUCUGCCUCAGACUCAGAUCACCAUACAGAAACCACCGGUCCACAUGAUGGACAGAGCCGCACCCCUGGCCAACCUGCAACUAGGUCCUCUCGACCAACUGCCCCUCCACAGUAACUUCACUCAGGCUGCUGCUGCUGCAGGCCUCCCUGCCCCAGCCCAAUCUCAGGUAUCCAUUUUCAAUUCCUCAAUGACACCCACUUCCACUGUUUCUGUUCCAUCAGAAAACACUCCAGCCCAGCUGGGCCCUCUACUCCCACCUGUGGGCCUUGCAGCUCACAAUAAGUCAGAAGAGAUGGGCAGCCUGGCCUCCAGUAAUACCAGCACCAUGACACCUAUGACCUCCACAUCUUCACCCAGCACCUCAAAUGUACCAAGUGUCAUUAACUUGGACCCGAAGUACGAAGAGUUGAUCCGCCAGUUUGAGGCUGAAUUUGGGGACUCAGUUCCAGACAUAUCUGCCAGUCAGCCCGUGGAGGAGACUGCUACAGCCCCAAAGUCAGGGAAUGAAUCCCUGAGCAGUCCUCAGGACCUCAGUCCUGCAUCAUCAUCCACCUCCCAGCCACUUCCCUUAAUUUCCACAAGUCAACCCACCCCCACAACACAUCGAGAUCAUCAGAUGGAAAUGAGCAAAGAUGAGUCCAGGACCCAAAGUGAGGCAGCCUUGAGCCAGGCAUCUACAGAACACCCUAUGGAGAUGCAGCACAAGGGGUCCAUUCAAGUUCCUCUGAAACAGGAAGAUAUAGUGUAUAGGCAGCAGCAGUCCAGAGUGGUGCAGGAUACUUUUAGCAUGCCAGCUUCUCCGCUGUCAAAACGAAUGAAGAUUGAAUCCUCGGGUGAUAUAACAGUAGUGUCCACCACCUGCUUUUCUGAGGAAGACACGCCAACUAAGGAAGGUGUGUCCUCUUCUCCAUCUCUCAAAGGCUUCUUGGACUCUCCUUUACGCUAUCUGGACACCCCCACUAAGAGCUUGCUAAGUACUCCUUCCAAGGAUCUUCAGGCAGAGUUUCCCACCUGCACCUGCGUGGAGCACAUAAUUGAGAAAGAUGAAGGGCCCUACUACAAUCACCUGGGAUCUGGACCUACUGUGGCCUCUAUACGAACCCUGAUGGAGACAAGGUUUGGAGAGAAGGGGGAAGCCAUCCGGAUUGAGAAGGUGGUUUACACAGGCAAAGAGGGAAAGAGUUCCCACGGAUGUCCUAUUGCUAAGUGGGUGAUCCGUAGAGGCAGCGAGAAAGAGAAGCUGCUGUGUCUGGUGAGGCAACGUGCAGGCCAUCACUGUGCCAAUGCUGUCAUCAUCGUCGUCAUUAUAGCCUGGGAAGGUGUACCGAGAGCCCUGGCUGACAAACUGUACAGAGAGGUCACAGACACGCUCACCAAAUAUGGCAACCCCACCAGCCGACGCUGUGGCCUCAAUGAGGACCGUACUUGUGCCUGUCAAGGCAAGGAUCCUGAAACUUGUGGUGCUUCCUUCUCUUUUGGUUGCUCAUGGAGUAUGUACUUUAACGGCUGCAAGUAUGCCCGAAGCAAAAUGCCGCGAAAGUUCAGGUUACAGGGAGAACACCCUGAAGAGGAGGAAAAACUCAGGGAUAACUUCCAGCAUCUGGCAACUGAGGUGGCUCCUGUGUACAAGCGACUAGCACCACAAGCCUACAGUAACCAGUGCCAGACAGAGUCCAAAGCUCCUGAUUGCAGGCUGGGCUUGAAGGAAGGCCGUCCAUUCUCUGGAAUCACUGCUUGCAUGGACUUUUGUGCUCACGCUCAUAAGGACCAGCACAACCUGUACAAUGGAUGCACAGUGGUGUGUACUUUGACAAAGGAGGACAACCGAACAGUAGGAGAAAUCCCAGAGGACGAGCAGCUCCACGUGUUGCCUCUUUACACGGUGUCCCCGACAGAUGAGUUUGGCAGUGAGGAGGCCCAGCGCCGCAAGAUGGAGACGGGAGCUAUCCAGGUGCUUAACGCUUUCCGCCGUGAGGUGCGCAAGUUGCCCGAACCUGCCAAGUCAUGCCGACAGCGCCGACUGGAGGCAAAGAAGGCUGCCUCAGAGAAGAAGAAAAAUAAGCUCAUCCAGCAGGCAGGGGAGACGCCGGAGAAGACGGGGAUCAAAGCCGAGGUCUGCGUUAGCAGUUCCCCUCAACCCCAAGGCAAUAAAGCAAUUAUAAAACAAGAGGUGAAGCCCAACAUCAAAAAGGAUCCCUUAAACGGAUCGAUAGAUGGAUAUUCUGUGCAAGCAGUAGACCCAGUAAAUCCCAUGUAUACAAACCCUGUCUACUAUGCAAGGGGAGGCCUCCCCACAACUGGCCAGCCCUCUGCACCUGAUACAGUAAAUGGUUUCCACACCAGUUUGCCCCCAAUGGAUUAUGCCUACUACAGGUGCUCACCCAAUACACUUUUCCCCCCUGUACUGAGGACCUACGAGGGUCGAAAUGGCUCUUUGCCCAGAGCUGGCUGUAAAGCUGUCCAGGUAGAUCAGAAGCCUGACAUUCAAAACUUUCAGUCCAGGGUGGCCCUUUCCUGCUCCAGCCAAGCGGAGCAAGCCAACCAACCAAACCACACGACUUACACCCAGGCCCCAGUUUAUAGCCAAUCCCGUCCUUCCUCUGCCUCCUCUGAGUCCUCCAACAGAGGCACGCCGGUCAUCAAACAGGAGCCUAUGGAUGUGCCAGUCUAUGAAGGCACGCUGCCGAACCAGGUCGGAGCCAACACAUCAAGAAGCACCCCGCAACCUGUGACCUGGUCUGGGCACAAGCUUAAUGGAAGUUUUAUUCCCACCACUUGGGAUGCCCAUCAGAAGCAUAAACAAAGUUCCGAGGCCUCAUCAGAAAAACAGCAGCAGUUUCACCAGCAUCUCCAGCAGCGGCAGGCCUCUCCUUACCCGCAGCAGUGGUCAUCCUUCCUUGGCUUAAACACUAUGAGGGCUUCCCCUGCCCCAUCACCGUCACUCCAGGUACCUCCCUCUCCAUCUCCAUCCCCUCAGCUAGGCACAGUGGUCCAAGGUAACAUACAUCAAGCUUCCCCACGUCCUGGCACUCCCCGCCCAAGCACCCCUCACUCGGUUACCCCACAGCCCGGUGUCUCUCACUCAGGCCCACUUACACCACGGCCAAGUACCCCACGUCCAGGCACCCCCAGGCACUGGGUGAGCCCCGUUGCUAGCCCACAGCCGCAAACAUGGGGCAUGGGGCCUUAUAGCCCUGGUAUGAAGCACAGCAAUCCUGCAGGGGCCUAUCCCGACAAGAUCUGGUCCAAGACUGGAGAAAGUCGGUGUUCCACUCCGGUUGGGCCCCAGGAAAAGGCCUGGAAAUCUUUUGGAGGUUCUGUGGCAAGUAACACCCCUUCCCCUGCUCCAGAGGGUCGCCUCUUCCCCGAUGCCCUGCAGCAAUCAGAUCAGGCCUGCUACACGCCCAGCCGAGCAGAGAGCGACGUUGAGAGCACCAAGAAUUGCGAAGAUGAGGAGGAUGAGGUCUGGUCUGAUAGUGAGCACAACUUCCUGGACCCUUACAUUGGCGGGGUAGCAGUGGCACCAGCCCACGGCUCCAUCCUAAUCGAAUGUGCUCGUCGGGAACUACACGCUACCACUCCACUCAAAAAGCCUGACCGCUCCCACCCCUCCCGCAUCUCCCUGGUCUUCUACCAGCACAAGAACCUCAACCAGCCCAUGCAUGGCCUGGCUCUGUGGGAGGCCAAAAUGAAGCUGCUGGCAGAGCGAGCACUGCAGAGGCAGCAGGAAGCGGCUCUCCUUGGCCUCUCCCAGGAGGAUAUCAAGACACUCGGGAAGAAACGCAAGUGGGGCGCUACGGCGGCAGGCGCUAGUCCAGGACCUGGACAAUCUAAAGACAAGAAGGAGGGGCCGGUGACGCGGUUAGCCCCCACGUUCUACACCACCUCUACGGUUACCGUGUCUCCCUAUGCCUCCACCGUCGUCACUGGGCCCUACAGCCACUUUGUGUGAGGACACAUAGACACAGAGUGACUGAUAGCUACAGAGUGGUGCAGUGGAGGGCUGGAGAGAGAGCACUGAGCAGAAUCAAUGUCUCUCAGCCGUCCCGCAGUCUGGCAUCCCUCCAUCCUGCCUCCCUCUACAGUCCACUUGGAGGAGGGGGACAUUUUUAUUGUUUUUUACCUCAUGUCAGGCAGUGGUUUGGGCUUCAGACACACUGCCUGUGGUGCUCUUCCUCUCUUUUCCCCGGAGAGGAACUCCAUUGCUUUUUCUUGUUUAUAGAAUUUUAAUGAUUCUAAUUAUUGCUAUUAUUAUCAAUAUUAUUAUGAUUGUUACUGUCAAUGUUGUUAUUACAGGUAUUAUUAUGAUGAAGACUUGUUUUUUUUAUUGCUCUUUUCAUUAAUGUUAUUAUUAAUAAGGUGAUCUGUUUUGUUUUGGUUUUAUAUUUUUGUUAAAUCAAUCAGUCUGAGUUUGACAGACUUGGACACUUGCUUUUUCCAUGUUUGGAAAACAUGCACCCUUUCCCCCCCAUUUGACUUUCUUUGUUCUUAUCAAUCUUAAAGCUGUAUUUAGAUGAGGAGGAGCCAUUAUCUCCCUGAUACGGCAGAAAAAUCAACAAUAUAGUAACCACAAUCAUUUCUUUUAGUUUAUAAAGCCAUUUCUGGGCCUUUUUAAUGAAUAAUCCCGAUAAUCACCAUUAUGAAGAUCGUGAUCAAAAGCUUUUUUGAUUUUUAAUCAAUCAGUACCAGCAUCACCACUGUCAAAUACGCCACUGACAGUAUGUUUUUUUUAUUAUAACAAACAACCAUCUACACAAAUAUUAAAAAAGAUAACAGUAAGGAGGGAAAUCACCAAAGCCCUUUUGCUCCAGGUACUUAGAAAAAGCGCAGCAAUUGGUUUCAAGUGUCAUGCUGAAGGAAGAAAAUAGUCCCCAGGCUCAGAAUAACUCUUAAGCAUUACUGCGAGAAACCUUUGCAGCUUGCCUUGUCGUGAUGAUGAGAUGAUGCGCUCCUCCUACUCUCCCUUCUAGCUUCUGACUGGUGCUCAGCUUCCUGCUCUGAUCGAUUUUCAUUCCGCUACUCUUCAUGGCACUCGAUGCUGUAUUUAGGUGCUCUAACUCAAAUUCGGCUCAAGUAGUAUUUGCAACUAAACAUUUGUGUUUCGGCCCAGGUGGGAUACCAGAACACUGGGAUUUACUGCUUUUAACACAAAGGUGCAGAACUUGUGUCGCGCUAGGGAAAAGCCCUAACGAGUUAUCUCACGGAUGCUUUCCUCUGCUCUGUGCGGAGAGCUGAAGUUCUCAUACCCGGUGCUCCACAGAGGCCAAAACAAGCGAUACUAUUUGUGCAAGCCAUUUAACCCAGAUCUGCUAUCCCCACAUAGAGAGACGGAGCAGGUGGCACUCUUUUAUCUUCCUAUAACAUUCAAGUAGGAGUGAGCACUUCCAAGUGUAAACUCUAGAGGGCAGCGUCGACUGCUGUUUCAAAGUGGUGUGUACAAACAAACCUAUAAGCACUUGGGAUUCAUUUAGAUGGCAGCCUUGUCUCAUUGUUGCUUUAACCAUCCAUGGCCACUAGAGGGGGCUCUCCACCCUGCUUGCUGACCAUAGAUUGGACUUGAUAAAACAGCUGAAGGCAAAGCUGACAUUACAAAUGUGCCACAGAUGUGAACGGGAAACCCUUCGUGGGUUAGAGCAGCAGGAAACAGUGUUGGGACAGCAGUGCUUUUGGUGCUCAUACACACACUCUGGUGCUCUCCUAUUACACUUGAUUUACUGUGAAGGGCCCACUCCUUUCUCUGCAUGGUGCUGUCAUCUUUGAGCAGAGCGAGGCGUGUCCUUCCGCAGGCACCUUGUCACCGCAGAGCCAGCCAAUCAAAAUGGCCACCGUGUGGUUCAGCUCCGCAUUGGGCUCAAAAACUGGUUUCCUUUAGAGGAGUUUUUAUUUUAUUUUUAUUUUUUUUUGCAGUUUGUUGUGGCAUGUAGUGAUUUUUGUCUCAAACAAAAAGAAAAGUACACUGUACAGGGCAGAGAAAGCACAGUCAUUCACUGCAUUUCUUGGUAACCCAUUUAGCAGUGCUUUUCACAGAGAAAAUAGUACUGAGAGAUAAAAGGGAAACCGUAGAAAAUUUCUGUAGCUUCCAGGGUUUGGCGCCGAACGCGAGCGCAUCAGAUUGAUGAAUCUCUCACUUUGCGUGCGAGUGUGUCUGAAAAGAGCCAAAGAGAGAGACUAUUUGAUAGCCUGGCGAGAGUCCGUAAAUCGCUCGUUUUUAUUUCCCUUUGUGGUCACAUGGUUCACCUGCAACAUGUGUCAGAAAUGAAAAUGAGAGACUGCUGAUGCAAGCCGACUCCCAGCUGCUGGGCGGUCGUUUGGGCCAAGGCCCUGGUCAUCUGUGAAAGACCCUGUUACCUCUCCCGAUUUUCUCCAGCUCUCUACCUCACGCUGUAGAGACACUGGUCACAAUCACGACUUGCUACUGAGGGCAGAGAAUCAUGCAUGUCCCUUUGUGUGCUCUAGAUCUCCACACUCAUUUUAACCUGCUUUUUUUUUUUUUUUACUCUUAUUUAUUACUACAUGGUGAUAAUGAUAAUGAUUGUCUUUGAUGUUAUUGUUUUUUUCAUCAUUUUUUAUAUAGCUAAUACAAAUUGUACAUAAAGAAGAAAAGAUUUAUAAAAGCACUUUUAAUCUUGAUUUUAAUGACACAGAAAGAGCCGAUUAUUGACAACUUGAAGCUUUUUUUUUUUUAAUUUCCUCAAGAGAGAGAUAAAAAAUGUAAAUAUCAAACUAUUUAGGUAAGAUUAUUUAACUUGUGAGGAAAGUAACAAAACCACGAAUGACAUGGGGGUAUUUCUGAAGUCUCUGACAGCCCUGAACAUCAGUAAACAACACUUGGCCCCAGUGUGUUGUGUGCAAAUCUGUGCUUAGUCACUCUGCUGUUUUUGCUUUCCUAAGUACUGUACCCCCUGUCGGCAUGCGACUGACAGAGCCCCAGAAAUUUCUGAAAAUGAUUUAGUCAGCCCAAUUAUGUAACAUGAAACCACACUCAGCUGACUCACUGGCAACAGUAAAGCGAAAAUAAGAGAUCCCCCGUGUUGCAGUUGUGCUAAUGUAGGAAUUUAGAGUUUUAGCUUGACAGCUUUCAGUUGUUGUGAUUUUCAUUUUUGUUGACAAUAGUCUCAAACUCUGUGACAGAUUCAUGACAGCAUCAUAUUUUUAAAAAAACAAACAAACACCAAAAUCGGAAUAAUGUGAUUCCCACAUUCCCAUGAGCGUGAUAAGAGUUACCUCUUGGCUAGUUUACUAGCUUGACUUAAGCAGCUGAUUAGCUUAGCUUAGCAGAGUGGCUGAAAACAUGGGGAAACAGCUAGCCUAACUAAAAUCUAACUGCCGGCACUUUAAACCUCUUUAACACACGUUAAGUAAGCUUUGUCAACACCACUGUCACAUUGUGAUUUUACUGGGGGUUAGAACCCAGGCUAACAAAACCACCAGCAGAUAUUUCAUAAAAAAUAAAAAAGAAUCACUGCUAGCAGCCUGGAAACCGUCUGGUACACAUUCCCCUGCAAAGAAAAAAAAUCUAACAACAAGAAAACAGAGUGAGCUUUAAAGCUGCUGGCGGGCAGAUUUUGUCACCUAUGUUGCUUCCUGUGUGCCCGGUCUUUAUGCUAAUCUCAGCUGUCUCAUAGCUGCGGCUUCAUAUUUAUCAUACAGACUUUAGAACAGUACAGAGUUUGUCUUCUGAGUGUCAACAGGAGAGCGAAUAAGAAGUUUUUCAAUAAUGAACUAUUCUUUUAAUAUCAAACACCCCCUAUAACUAUACUGACUGCCACGGAGCCAGUCUGAGGUGACACAUUGGGUGACGUUUUAAUGAGUUACUGCCCAGCAGUCUUUGUCAGUUGUGUUACCACCGCCCUGCUUGCUUAGAUGUCUCAUCAUUAUUAUUCGCUCUAGCUUUUAUAAUAGCCAAGUAUGCACGUGGCAGAAAAAUCACAUCUCCCCUGCGGAAGACUGCAGAUCUUUCAUUUGCCAUGAUAAUUAGAUGACCCACGCCAUGUCUAACAGUAGUUUGAUAGUACAGUAACAAGACCCAUUUUACUUAUUGAGCUUAAGACUUGCCCAUAUAUUAGUCACACACACACACACACACACACACACACAACACAAACAAUUACCGAAACAACAAAAGGGUGCUGAGGAUAUGGUGCAUAUGAUAUCUUGGUGACUUUGUACAUUUCUAAAUGCUUCAUAACUUUGGUAGAUGGUUCUCAUGAGAGGCACCACCUCCCAAGUGGACAAGUACUGAGAUCCUGGGGGGUGAGUCGGUUCAGUCGGUGCUAUGAUGCUAUACCUUAAAAAUUCACUGUGUUAAAAAAAAUACAAAAAAGGAAAAAAAAGCGAGGGAUAAAUAAUUACCACAAAUAUUUUUCUGAGCUCUUCGAAUGUCAAGAGAACUAUACUUUUGAUUAAAGCAGUUUCACAGGAAGGGAAGCUGCCCUGGUGCUGACUUUAUGAAAAGUCUUUUGUUACAACGCUACAAAUUUACAUCUCUUUUUGAGGGCAGGUGGUGCACUCAAACUGUUGAUUACAUUCUCUAUUAAUCUUCAUUCCAUACUGUACUUGAAUUCAUUUAAAAUAGGACGAGAUAUAGAAUCAUAUUAUAUGAAGACUGUUAGCUGGGUUUUACAUUUGGUACUUUGCAAGUACCAGAGGCUAUUCAAAUGAUCUUUUGAGUAUGUUGUACAUGUUCAUGUUAACUGAAUGCUAAGAUAUUUGAACGACACAAAAAAAAAACAAAAAAAAAAUUGCGUACUGCCUCCCUCUUCCUCUCCCAAGUGAUGCACUUCCUUUACUCACUCCCUCUCUUUCUUCUAAAUUUUGUAUAGUUUGUGACACACAUAGAUAAACACACAUAGAUUUGCAUCUAACUGUGUACGGCCCACAGUCCUAAUUUAACGCACACUUGAAAUUUGGGAUAGAGACCCUGACCCAUAAAAUUAAAUAAAAGGAAAAGAAAGAAAAAGAAAGUGAACCAACACAACUGGCAGCUACAUUCCUUUAAGUUUGAGGAUUGUUCUUGGUUCUUUAUUUUUCAUGUCAAGGAUGCAGUAUGUAAAAAAAAAGGAAAAAAAAGUGUUUUUGUUCAGUCUCUCUCUCUCUUUGUAGCUGUAUGGUGUAUUAUGUGAAUACAUAGUGUAUGUGGUUAAAAAAGAAAAAAAGAAUAAAAAAACAACCCACAAUAUUGUUUUAUGUUGCGCGAUAAAUAAUAAAAUUGAAGUGAAACA